ACCAAUGGCAAACUUUUAGUGGGAAAAUACGAUGGCAGCCACUGAAUUUCUGUCAUGCAUGGCCCAUCCCAGUUUCCAAGAAGAUGACUUCAAUAAUUUCAUUUUGUAAGUCGUAUAUCAUAUCUUACAAGUUCAAAACCAUCAUUUGUUAUUUAUGGGUCAUUCCUUUCUACUUCUCCUUUCAUAAAUAAAUAUGUUUAUUUGCUAAAAGCAAUGAAUCUGAACCUUCACCACCAGUGUAAAGGAGGGUUUUUCUCAAAUAGUGUUUUUUUUUAAAGAUAGUUUUUAAUUCGCUUUAGGCCACUAAAAUGGUUGAGUCGGCCCUGUCCACCACCACCACCACGUCCUCCCCCUCCUCCGUUCAGUGGUCACAACUUUGCCAUCACUUUGAAUUUGGUGAAAUUCUUUUAGCAACACAAAACUUUGACGAAUCAUUAGUGAUUGGGCGUGGGGGUUUUGGAAAGGUUUAUAAAGGUUACAUAAAAAUUGGACCGAAUCUAGUUGAAAGUGCCAUUAAGCGAUUGGAUGCAAUGUCCAAUCAAGGGGCAUCCGAGUUCUGGGCCGAAGUUGAAAUGCUUUCAAAGUUGCGUCAUUGUCAUCUAGUAACUUUACUUGGUUAUUGUAAUCAUGAAAAAGAGAUGAUACUUGUGUAUGAGUACAUGCCUCAUGGAACACUUGAAGAUCAUCUCCACAAACUUGGUACUCCUCUUUCUUGGUAUCAGAGACUCAAGAUCUGCAUAGGUGCGGCUCGUGGGUUAGACUACCUCCAUACGGGUACGGGUAUUCAGCUUGGUAUUAUACACCGAGAUGUCAAGAGCUCAAAUAUAUUGUUAGAUGAAUGCUGGGAAGCUAGAGUUUCGGAUUUUGGAUUGUCUAAAAUAAGCCCAACAAAUCAACCAUCAAGUUAUGUUAACACACUUGUUAAAGGCACUUUUGGGUAUUUUGAUCCAAAUUAUUUUGCCACCGGAAAGUUGACGAGGAAGUCUGAUGUGUAUGCUUUUGGGGUGGUAUUAUUGGAAGUGUUAUGUCGGAAGAGGGCGGUUGAUAAUAGUCUUGAUUGGGGACUAGCAACAUGGGCUCAAGACUCUAUUAAAGCAGGUCGUUUGAAGGGUAUAGUCGACUCUGAUAUAAAGGGUGAAAUAUCCCCAAAAUGUUUGAAGCAAUAUGCUCGAAUAGUUGACAGAUGUUUGGAUAACCAUCCAAAGAACCGUCCUACCAUGGCCGAGGUUUUUCUUAGCCUCGAAUAUGUACUAACGUUACAAGAGAAGAUCAAUAAUUUAACCGGAGGCAAUACCAUAAUUAAGAGAAUUGCUCAUAUGUUUUCCUUCACUAACGACGGCAUGAGCUCAGGUAUGGAUUAUGGAUCCCUCAUGCCCAAGAAGCCCCAUAUAAGUAUGGGUUUUGGAUCCCUCAAGCCCAAAAAGAGGAAACAACUUAUGCUUAGAAAAAAGUUCUUACUAAAAAAUGGUGCUCUGUUAUUAGAAGAUAAAGUAAGAAACGGUGUUGGUUCGAUACAAGUUUUUGGAGACGAAGAGCUAAGAAAAGCGACUAUGAAUUAUGCCGAAAGUAUGGUUCUUGGAAAAGGUGGUCAAGGUGUUUACAAGGGAAUACUACCAGAUAAACGUGUGGUUGCAAUCAAGAAGUCCAAAAUAUCGGACCAAGAACAAUUGGAAGAAUUUAUAGAUGAAAUUGUAAUACUUGGACAAGUUAACCACAAGAACGUGGUGCGGCUUUUGGGAUGCUGUUUGGAAACUGUGGUCCCAUUGCUAGCUUAUGAGUUUGUUUCUAAUGGCACUCUUUAUCAUCAUCUUCAUAAUAAAACAAGUGGCGCAACAAGUUUGUCAUGGGAUAGCCGUUUAAGGAUUGCACAUGAAUCAGCUGGUGCAAUCGCUUAUCUUCACUCGUAUGCUACAAGGACCAUCAUACAUAGAGACGUGAAGUCAGCUAACAUUUUGUUGGAUGAAAAUUACACUGCAAAAGUUGCAGAUUUCGGUGCAUCAGAGUUCAUCCCAAUGGGUCAUGAUCAAAUCAGUACACUUUUUCAAGGGACGUCAGGUUACUUGGACCCUGAGUAUUUAUAUACAGGUCAACUAACAGAUAAGAGCGACGUGUAUAGCUUUGGUGUGGUUCUUGCGGAACUCUUGACAGGAUUAAAGCCCAUUGAUUCCAAAGGAUCGCGAGAAGAUAAGACUCUUGCAACGUAUUUUAUGAAGGCAAAGAGGGAAGAUCUGUUGCUAGAGAUUGUUGAUCGUCAAGUGUUAGAGGAGGCCACUGUCGAGCAGCUAAAAGAAACAUGUUACUUGGCAUCUAGAUGCCUUGACAAACGUUGUAAGAACAGACCUGGCAUGAAAGAAGUGACCAUGAAGCUUGAAAGAAUAAGGAACACAAAAUUGUUUAAUGAAUGAAUGUAAGACCUUUACGACGUAUCUGGUAUUUAAAAUUAUUUAAUGUCAAUUAUGGUUUAUAA